AUGAAGGAUUGUCUUCUCAUGAAAUUUGAGGUACUCAACAAUCUCCGAGAUCUGGCGGGAAGGAGGGUGACUCCAACCCUGCCCCGUCACCUCGGGAGGAAAUCGGAGGAAGUCAUGGGGAGGGUGACGCUCUUGCAGCUGUGGGCCGCGCUGGUUCUCCUGUGUGAAUUCCCAGAUGAUGGCGGAGAGUGCUUUAAAUAUCAGCCAGAGAUUGUACUAAGAGACUCCGUCAACCUCAAAAAUACUGGUAUAGCAGAGUUUGUCACUGCUUUCAUGCAGAAUUACCAGCUCUCCUACAGCACUCCCAACUUCCAGUUGUUCAUUACUGCCUAUUCCUCCCCCACUACUGUAACCAUAUGGAUGAACAAGUCUAGCUUCAAACAAGUCCUGACGGUGAAUGAGCGGACCACGGCCACGGUCCAAAUUCCGAAGGGCGCAGAGUUGCCUGGUGUCACUUUGUCGUGCAAUGUUAUCGGCGUCAAAGCUGAUAAAGAUGUCUCAGUCCUGGCUAUGAAUUACAAGUCCCUGAGUGCUGACACCAGCAUUGUGUACCCUGUGCAAGAUCUCGGCACAGACUACUAUGUGGUGACACCACAGGACGGCCCUAGUGAUGCAUUUAAGGAAUUUUCUGUGAUCAGCUCCCAGGAAUCCACCAGUGUGGAUAUCUUCCUCAAAGGUGCAGUCACCUAUCGACAGACUCUCUACCGAGCUGGCAGCAAGCUUAGUGUCGUCCUGGACCCUUAUAGUGCCCUUCAGCUUCUUAGUAAUGAUGACCUGUCUGGAACCAGAGUUGUGUCUCAGAAACCUGUAGCAGUGUUGAGUGGACACACGUGUACAUGGAAGAACUCAAAGUGUAACCAUGUCUAUGAGCAGCUCUUGCCAGUGACUAGCUGGGGUUCCAGUUUCAUUAUACCUCCUAUAUCUCUCCAGACCAAGUCUGACAUCGUAUUCGUGGUGGCUUCCACUGACAACACAAGGAUUGAAUACCAAGUUGAAGCAAAAACAUCAAGCCAAAUCCUAAACGCGGGGCAAACUGUUCAGCUGGAAGUGCCAGUCAAAAAGGCCAUCUACCUUACCGCUAGUGCUGGGAUUCAAGUUAUUUACUAUUGCACCGGCUGGCAAGAUAUUUACCGAACACAGUUUGAUCCCAUCCUGAUGACUAUCCCACCAGUAAGCAGCUAUUGCAGUUCCUACUUCAUCUAUGGUCAUCAAGAGUUUGAAAACUACGGCACCUUAGUGGCCAAGACUGCAGACAUCUCUAAAGUAAGCGUCAAUAAAGGCCCUGCUCAAGGUCUGACAUGGUCCAACAUCCCCGGUACUGAUUACUCAUGGGCAACUCAACAAUUAGGCAAAGGUUUGAGCUUCCAGCUCACUGAGAAUACUUCGCCAUUCCUGCUGCUUUCCUUUGGCUUCAUAAAGAUGAAUAGCUAUGGCUCCCCAGCUAUUUGCACAAAUGGUGGUUCAGCUUCAGGUCCAUCUUGCAGCACCGUAAAGUGCAGAGCUAAGGAAAAAUGCCAAAUGGUCAAUGGGAAACCAGUAUGCGUCCCAGAUUCAGAAGCCUACUGCCAUGCCGUUGGUGACCCCCAUUACCGAACCUUUGAUGGAUACUUCUAUGACUUCCAAGGAACCUGCACUUACACCAUUGCCAAGACCUGUAACGGUGACAAAAGCCUCCCGAAUUUCAACAUCGAGGCCAAGAAUGAAAAUCGAGGCAGCACUCGUGUCUCUUACAUCAGUUAUGUCAAUGUAAAAGUCUAUGACCAAGUUAUAUCUCUAGUGAGAUAUGAAAAUGGUUUUGUGAGGGUGAAUAAUCAACGUCAACGCUUGCCUAUCAGUCUGAACGAUGGACAGGUCCGGCUCUAUCAGUCAGGAGGUUCGGUCGUCAUUGAGACUGACUUUUCUUUGAGGGUAUAUUAUGACUGGAACUCAAUGCUCAAAGUGUACAUCUCCAGCAGCUUCUACGGAAGUGUCUGCGGCUUGUGCGGAAACUACAACGGAAACCCUUCAGAUGAUCUGAUAACACCAGAUGGAGCUAGGGCUCCUAAUUUAAUUGAUUUUGGAAAGAGCUGGAAAGUGGAGGAUGGAGACAGGUUCUGCUGGCACAACUGCAAUGGUGAAUGCAAGACCUGCCCUCUUGAAACUCAACAAACCUAUGCAGGCGAGAAAAGUUGUGGCCUGCUGUCCAAAGCUCUUAAUGGUCCCUUCCGUCAAUGUCAUUCGGUCAUCGACCCAAAGCAGUACGUAGACAACUGUGUGUAUGAUCUGUGCAUGAAUGCCGGCUCCAAGCAGAUCCUGUGCCAAAGUCUGAAGACCUAUGCAGAAGCCUGCCAGCAAAGCAAGGUUGAAAUUGAAGAAUGGAGAUCGCUCGCUGGAUGCCUCUUGGUAACGAUGGUCAUCAGGACAAGUAGGGAGGCACUGCAAUGCCCAGCCAAUAGCGAAUACAAAUUAUGCUCCAAGGGCUGUCCGGCCACAUGUAACGACGAUGCUGCGCCAUCCGUGUGUUCUGGAUCAUGUGUGGAAUCCUGCCAGUGUAAGGAAGGCUUCGUGCUUGACGAAGGGAAGUGUAUAUCCAAGGCCAGCUGCGGCUGCAUCUACCAAGGAAAACUCUACGCUCCCAAUGAGAAAUUCUGGGGUGAUCAAAAGUGUGAGCAGCAAUGCACCUGCAACCCCACCACCAAGAAGGUAGAAUGCAAGGCCACCCGCUGCAAGUCUUCAGAGAAAUGCAUGGUGGUGGAUGGCAUCCAGAACUGCUACCCACUGUCAUAUGGCACUUGCUCUGCCUCUGGAGACCCCCACUAUGUCACCUUUGAUGGGUUAAAGUAUGACUUCCAGGGCACGUGCAUCUACCAGCUUGUGGGAAUUUGCAAGAAGUCGGAUGAUUUGGUGGACUUCCAGGUCAACGUUCAGAACGAAUUCCGGGGAAGCAAAGUGGUGUCUUACACCUCCGGAGUACAAAUCAAGUUGUGCAGUUUAGAUAUAUCAAUCAGCAGGGAGCACAAGAACAAGAUUCUGGUUAACGGAAUUUUAACCAAUCUGCCGUACAUUGUUGACAAUGGCAAGCUCUCUAUAUACAAACAAGGAUAUUCUGCUAUCCUCCAAACCAGCUUUGGCCUUCGCGUGACCUACAACUGGGACAGUUACGUCUCUGUCACCCUUCCAAGCAGUUAUGCGGGAGCCGUGUGCGGUCUUUGUGGUAACUUUGACAGUAAGAAGGAAAAUGAUCUCACAAUGAAAAACAACCAGUUGGCCACCAAGCCAGUCCUCUUUGGAAACAGCUGGAAGGUGCAGAAUGUCCCGGGCUGCUACGAAGAGGACAAGGGAGAGUGCUCCAAGUUAGCCGAACUGGAGCUACGCCAUACUAACAACAAGCAGGGCUGUGGGAUCAUCAAAGAUAAGACCGGGCCUUUCCGAGAAUGUCACGCCAAGAUUAACCCAGAUGGCCACUACAAGAGCUGUGUGUAUGACGCUUGCUUCUUUGACGACAGAGAAGAUGUCAUUUGCAAAAUUGUUGCCAGCUAUGCAGCACUGUGUCAGGAGGCCGGAGUCACCAUAUACCCAUGGAGAACCAAAAAGUUCUGCAGUCCAACCUGCCCAAAGAACAGCCACUAUGAAGUCUGUGCAUCAGGUUGUGCUCCAACCUGUCUAUCUCUCUCCCCUCCAUUGGGAUGCAACCCUAUAUGUUCUGAAGGAUGCCAGUGUGAUGACGGCUUUAUACUUAGCGGAGGAGACUGUGUUCCCAUUUCCAAAUGUGGCUGCAGAUACAAUGACAAAUACUACCAGAUGGGUGAAGUAUUUUAUCCCGACGGCUUCUGCAACCAGAAGUGUGUAUGCACAGAGAGUGGAGCUGUAGAGUGCAAGGCUUUCACUUGUGGGGCCAACGAAGAGUGUAAAGUGAUUGAUGGAGUCCAGAAAUGCCAGCCAGUGGGCUCAGCACAGUGCUCCGCAUCUGGUGACCCCCACUACAUUUCAUUUGAUGGCCGGGUAUUUGACUUCCAAGGCACUUGUACCUACACCUUGUCCAAGACUGUGAAAAACAAUGACAAUUUGGUUCCUUAUGCCAUCAACGUGAAAAAUGAAAAAUGGGGCAACGGACUUGUGUCUGUCACUAAACUAGUGUCUUUUGAUGUCUACGGCUAUAAUCUCAUUCUUCAGUAUAAUGUUCAAGGUCUGAUCAAUGGGGUGAAUUAUAACAUCCCAGUAAAUUUGGAAGAUGGCAAAAUUCGGGUCUACCAACACGGUAUUAGAGUGAUCAUUGAGACUGACUUUGGGGUUCAGGUCAAUUAUGACCUUGUCUACCAUGUGAUAGUCACUGUGCCAGGAAACUACAAGAAUCAGUUGGGUGGUCUGUGUGGUAACUACAAUAGUGACAAACAGGAUGACGUCCAGCUUCCGGAUAAGACGGUGACAACAGAUGCUACUGUAUUUGGAUCCUCUUGGAAGGUCCAGAUCCCCGGUGUCGUGUGCGACAAUGGCUGUGGUGGUAGUGGCAACCCAUGUCCAUCAUGUGACCAAAAGAAGAUAGAUAUCUUUAAAACAGAGAACUACUGUGGAUUCCUGAAGAAGGUUGGAGGUCCUCUGAGUGCUUGCUAUGGUACUAUCAAUCCCGAUACUUACUUCAACAACUGUAUCUAUGACCUGUGUGCUGGUGCAGGCAAUGGGGACAUACUUUGUCAAAGCAUUCACAGCUAUGUUGCUGCAUGUCAAGCAGCUGGGGUCACCAUUCAGCCUUGGAGAACUGAUGCAUUCUGCCCAAUUACCUGCCCGGCCAACAGCAAAUACAAGGUUUGUGCCGAUGUGUGCUCCUUAACCUGUGCUGGUAUUACUGACCCUGCCAAAUGCCCCACCACUUGCUCAGAGGGAUGCGAGUGCAAUGAUGGCUUCUUCUUUGAUGGGAAGAACUGUGUGUCGAUGGAUAACUGUGGAUGCUUUGAGGAUGGAAUAUAUUAUCAGCCUAAUGAGCAAGUCUUAUCGAGUGACUGCAAAGAAACUUGCACAUGUAGCCCUGUGGGUGGGCUUAUCUGUGAAGACACUGGCUGCGCAGCUGAUGAAGAAUGUAAGAUUCAAAAUGGAGUCGUCAAAUGUGUUAACAAAGAUCCAUGUAAGACCAUCAAGUGCAGAGUCAAGGAAACAUGCAAGGUUCAAAAUGGGGUCCCAGUCUGUGUCCCAGAUUAUACAGGAACCUGCUGGGCCUGGGGAGACCCCCAUUACCAUACUUUUGAUGGCUACAACUAUGACUUCCAGGGCACCUGCACAUAUAUCCUAUCUAAAUAUGAUGGUAAAGAUCCUGGUUUGGUGCCAUUUACUAUCGAAGAGAAGAACGACAAUAGAGGUAGCCAGGCUGUGUCAUAUGUUAGGACUGUCACCAUCUACAUGUAUGGAUUCAAGAUCACCCUUAUGAAGGGAGAAUUCGGUAAAGUUAGGGUGAAUGAUGUCAUCACCAACCUGCCUUCUGCUUUGUUAGAUGGAAAGAUCUCGGUAAGCAUCAGCGGCUCAAAUGCUGUUAUUCGCACAGAUUUUGGUCUACAGGUGACCUAUGAAUAUAACUGGCAUGUUGUGGUCACACUCCCAAGCAGCUAUUAUGGCCUUACGCAAGGUCUCUGUGGUAACUUUAACGAAAAUGCCAGGGAUGAGCUCAUCACCCCUGAUAACAAAGUAGUCACCUCCAUCAUUGACUGGGCCAAGAGUUGGAAAGUCAAUGACCGUGAUCCCUUCUGCUUUGACCAUUGCCCUGGACUUAAUUGCCCAACCUGUGACGAUGCAAAAAAGAACCAGUACGGAGGUGAAAAUCAAUGUGGUCUCAUCAGCAAGGUUACAAAUGGGCCUUUCAGAGAGUGUCAUCCAAAAGUUAACCCGGACAACUUCUUUGAUAGCUGCUUGUAUGAUGUCUGCAUUAACGGUGGAUCAAAACAGUUCCUGUGCCAGGCCCUCGAAGCCUAUUCAAGCACCUGCAGGAAACAAGGAGCUAAAAUAUAUGACUGGAGAACACCAUCUGGUUGUGUUAAAGAUUGUCCUGCAAACAGUCAUUAUGAGUUCUGUGGUAAUGCCUGUCCAGCCACAUGCACCGAUCGCACUGCCCCAUCCCGGUGCACUGAAGAUUGUGUGGAGACCUGUCAGUGUAACGAUGGCUUUGUUCUUAGCGGUGAUAAGUGCGUUCCUACUUCAAGCUGCGGAUGCUCCUACAAUGGUGCCUACUAUCAGGCCAAUCAAGAGUUUUGGGCUGACGAAAACUGCCGUGUGCUCUGCAAGUGCGACCCAAGCCUUGGCAUGGUGGUUUGCAAGGAGAGCAGCUGUAAGCCAAGUGAGCGGUGCAUGGUUACAAAUGGAGUCCGUGGAUGUCAACCCUUAAGCUUCUCCACUUGCACAGGUUCUGGAGAUCCUCACUACACAUCCUUUGAUGGCAAGAGAUAUGACUUCAUGGGCACCUGUAUAUACCAACUGGUUGGCGUGAGCUCUAGUGACCGCUCACUGGCCCGUUUCAAUGUUAAAGUCCAGAACAACAAUCGUGGUGGGAACAAAGCUGUGUCCUAUACUAAAGUGGUGACCUUGGAAGUUUAUGACACCAUCUUCACACUGAGCAUGGACUAUCCACGUCAUAUUUUGGUUGAUGGCAUUGUCACCUCUCUGCCAUUCUACUUUCAAACCAACAAAGUGGUGGCAUACAUCAGUGGCGGACAAGGCAUUAUAAAAACAGAUUUUGAGGUCACUGUUAUCUAUGAUUGGUCCAGCUAUGUGGCGGUCACCAUACCUAGCACUUAUACCAAUGCUGUUGAAGGCUUGUGUGGCAACAACAACAAGAACCCCAACGAUGACUUUAACAUGAAGGAUGGAAAACCAGCAGCAAAUGCAGUUGCUUUUGGUAACAGCUGGAAAGUCGGUGACGUUCCUGGUUGUAGCCCUGAGUGUACUGAAAGUUGCCCUCUUUGUACAGAAGCACAAAAGCAAGCCUACAAGGGUGACAAUUACUGUGGACUGAUCAUCAAGUCCAAUGGGCCUUUUGCUCUGUGUCGCUCAGUCAUUGACCCAACACCUUAUUUCAAUGACUGCAUUUUUGAUGCCUGCCAAUACAAGGGACACCCGUCCUCAUUCUGUACGGCCAUUGGCCUUUAUGUGGCCGCAUGCCAAGCUGCUGGUGUGAAACUUCUGGAAUGGAGGAAACCAACUUUCUGCAGUAUGUCCUGCCCUGUAAACUCUCACUAUGAUCUGUGCGGAGAUUCCUGCCCAGUCACAUGUUUCGGGCUCUCUUCACCCACGGGCUGUGACUCUCCUUGUAAGGAAGCCUGUUAUUGUGACAACGGUUUCAUUCUGAGUGGUCACAAGUGUGUGCCCAUCCGUGACUGUGGCUGUGUCUACCAGGAUAAGUAUUACCAGAAAAAUGAGGUCUUCUACCCACAGGGUCAGUGCAAACAGAGGUGCCAGUGUGGGGCCGACGGCAUAGUUAAGUGCCAGUCAGAAGCCUGCGGACCUGAGGAAGAAUGCAAACUUGCCAACGGAGCUUGGGGAUGCCAACCUAAGGAGUACGGCAAAUGUGUUGCCUCAGGGGAUCCACAUUAUACCUCCUUCGAUGGUCUCAAGUUUGACUUCCAAGGCACUUGCACAUAUAUCUUUGCAAAGGUUGUGAUUGAUGAUCCACGACUUGUCAACUUUUCCGUGGUUGUGGAGAAUGAGAGUUACGGCAAUGGCAGAGUGGCCGUGACAAGACUGGUGGUGGUGUAUGUGUAUGGCUACAAGAUUGCCAUCGAGCGAGACAUGAGAUCUAAAGUGAAGGUUAACGGAGAGCUUGCCAAAUUGCCAUUGAGUCUUGAAGAUGACGGUAUUGUCAUUAAUCAGGAAGGAGCCAAUGUUGUCCUACAAACAGACUUUGGUUUGAAGGUUCUCUAUGACACAGUUUAUUAUGUUGUCCUCAGUAUUCCCAGCACUUACCGUGGUAAGAUGGGCGGUCUUUGUAGCAAUUACAAUGGCAACAGCAAGGAUGAAUUCCAGCUUCCCAACGGACAGGUUGUUAAAAACGUGAAUGAUUUUGGUGCUUCCUGGAAAGUCAGCAUUGCUGGUGCUAAGUGCAGCGAUGGCUGUGAAGAAGGUACGUGCCCAGUAUGUACUGAUGCCAAGUUGCAACCAUACAAGGCAAAGUCCUCUUGCGGCAUGAUUACAGACCCAGCAGGACCGUUCAAAUCAUGUCACUCCACGGUCAAUCCAAAUGAAUAUUUCAACGAUUGCAUCUAUGAUGCUUGUGCUGUUGACGGCAAGGACAACAUCGUGUGCAAGAGUAUUCAGGCCUAUGCAGCUGCUUGUCAGGCUGCUGGCGUUACCAUCAGCUCUUGGAGAACCGCUGCAUUCUGUCCCAUGUCUUGUCCGGCCAACAGCCAUUAUGAACUUUGCACCAGAACUUGUGAACAAACAUGCUCUGGUCUCACAGCACCAACAAAAUGUUCAGAUAGAUGCUUUGAAGGCUGCGAAUGUAAUGCUGGGUACGUCCUGGAUGGAGAUACUUGUGUCACUAUGGAAAAGUGUGGAUGUGUAUUCAAUGGAAGAUACUUAAGUGAGGGAGAGUCCAUUGUCAAUGCUGAUUGCAGUCAACAAUGCAAGUGCCAAGCUGGUGGCGUGACCUGCACAGCCAUGUCAUGCACAGAUAAAGAACGUUGUGGCCUGGUGAAUGGAGUGCGAGGUUGCUACAAAUCGGAGGCUGAAUGCUCACUCAGCCCACAGAAGUUUGUCACAUUCGAUGGGCUCUCAGGUGGACCCAUUGGAAUUGGUCCAGUGGAGGUGACCUCCUUAUGUAACAGCGAUUCAUCCGAAUGGUUCAGAGUUCUUGCUGACAUUCAGAGCUGCGCAGGAGUGCCAGCAUCUGUUACCAGGGUCCAUAUUUUCCUCAAUGGAGGUCUAGUCACCAUCUCUAAGAGCAAGGAAGUCUGGGUGAAUGGACGCCCAGCUGUUUUCCCCUUCACUUCGGGUAUUGUCUCAGCUUCUGCCAAGGAUAGCUCGGUUUCCGUCCAGAUUGGUGUAAACUUGAAGAUCGAGUUAAGCACCGCGGGCAGCCUCUCAGUCCGUGUGUUAGACAGCCUGUCAGAGUUGGUGUGCGGGGCGUGCGGAAACUUCAACGGUAACACUUCCGAUGACCUCACAUCCCCAACUGGAAAGGUGGUCACUAACAUUGUGGAACUCAUAAAAUCAUGGACAGCCCGUGACCUCAGCAGCUGGGUUGCUGGAGUGGAAGUGUGUUUUGUCUGUGCAAUGGGUUUCCAGCUACUUCUGCACAUCUGUGCCCUAAUGUGCUUCAGUGGAUUUUGUCUGGCAGGGCCACUGGGCAAGGAAUUUGUCACUGCCUUUAUGCAAAACUAUCAGCUCUCCUACAGCUCUGCCAACUUCAGGUUGUUCAUUACUGCCUAUUCCGCCUCAACAAACGUUACCAUAUGGAUGAAUAACUCUAGCUUCAGAAAAGUCCAGACAAUAAAUGAACAGACCACGGCCAUAGUUCAAAUCCCAGCUAAUGCAGAGUUGCCUGGUGUUGGGAUGUCGGGCAAAGCUAUUGUCAUCAAGGCCGAUAAAAACAUUUCAGUCCUGGCUAUGAAUUACAAGGAAUUUUCUGUAGUCAGCUACCAGGAAUCCACCAGUGUUGAUAUCUUCCUCAAAGGAGCAGUCGCCUAUAAAGAAAAUCUCUACCCAGCUGGAAGCAAGCUUAGUGUUGUCCUAGAACCUUAUAGUGCUCUUCAGCUUCUUAGUAAAGAUGACCUGUCUGGAACCAGAAUCGUGUCUCAGAAGCCGGUGUCCGUUUUGAGUGGACACACAUGCUCAUGGAAGAACACUAGGUGCAACCAUGUAUAUGAGCAGCUUUUGCCGGUGACUAGCUGGGGUUCCAGUUUCAUUAUACCUCCAGUAUUCCUGCAGACAAUGUCUGAUAUUGUAUUCGUGGUGGCUUCUUCAGAUGACACAAGGAUUGAAUACCAAGCUGGAGCAGCAAAAUCAACCCAGAAGCUAAAUGCAGGGCAAACUGUUCAACUAGAAGUGCCAGUCAAAACUGCCGUUUACCUUAAUGCUAGCGCUGGGAUUCAAGUGACUUACUAUUGCACCGGUUGGUUUAAGUCCUCAAUACAGUAUGACACCUUCCUGAUGACUAUACCACCAAUAAACAGUUAUUGCAAUUCCUACUUCAUCUAUGGUCAACAAGAGUUUGAAAACUACGGAACCUUGGUAGCCAAGACGGCUGACCUCUCUAAAAUGAAUAAUCAACGUCAACGCCUGCCUAUCAAUAUUAACAAUGGACAGGUCUGGCUCUAUCAAUCCGGAAGGUCCGUUGUCAUUGGAACUGACUUUUCCUUGAAGGUAUACUUUGACUGGAACUCGAUACUGAAAGUGUACAUCUCCAGAAGCUUCUUUGGAAGUGUCUGCGGCUUGUGCAGGAACUACAAUGGAAACUCUUCAGAUGACCUGAUGACACCAGAUGGAAUUCAGGCUCCUGGUUUGGUUAAUUUUGGAAGGGGGUGGAAAGUGGAGGAUGGAGAUGCGUUCUGCUGGCACAACUGCAGCGGGGAAUGUACAACUUGCCCUCUUGGUUCUCAAACCUACACAGGGGAGCAAAGUUGUGGCCUGCUGUCCAAAGUCCUUGAUGGUCCCUUUCUUCAGUGCCACUCGGUCAUAGACCCAAAACCAUAUGUAGAUAAUUGUGUGUAUGAUCUGUGCAUGAAUGCUGGCUCCAAACAGAUACUGUGCCAAAGUCUGAAGACCUAUGCAGAAGCCUGCCAGCAAAGAAAGGUUGAAAUCAGAGAAUGGAGAUCACUCGCUGGAUGCCCAAUGCAAUGUCCUUCAAAUAGUGGAUACAAAUUAUGCUCCAAAGCAUGUCCGGCUACAUGCAAUGAUGACGCUACUGCAUCCGUGUGUUCUGAAUCAUGUGUAGAAUCCUGCCAGUGUGUGGAAGGCUUUGUGCUUGAUGGAGGGGAGUGUGUAUCCAAAGACAGCUGUGGCUGCAUCUAUCAAGGAAAACUCUAUGCUCCCAAUGAGAGUUUCUGGGGUGAUAAAAAGUGUGAGCAGCAGUGCACCUGCAACCCCGCCAACAAGAAAGUAGAAUGUAAGGCUACCAGCUGCAAGUCUUCAGAGACCUGUUCAGUGGUGAACGGUAUCCAAAAUUGUUACCCUGUUUCUUAUGGCACUUGCUCUGCCUCUGGAGACCCCCACUACAUCACCUUUGAUGGGUUAAAGUAUGACUUCCAGAGCGCGUGCAUCUACCAGCUUGUGGGAAUUUGCAAUAUGUCUGCUGAUUUGGUGAACUUCCAGGUCAAUGUUCAGAAUGAAUUCCGGGGAAGGAAGGUUGUGUCUUACACCUCUGCCGUACAAGUCAAGCUGUAUGAUUUCGAUUUUGCAAUCAAAAGGCAGUACAAGAACCAGAUUCUGAUUAAUGGACUUUUAUCCCAUCUGCCAUAUGUUAUUGACAACGGCAAGCUCUCUAUAUACAAACAAGGAUAUUCUGCAGUCCUUCAAACAAGCUUUGGCCUCCGUGUGAUUUACAAUUGGGACAGUUAUGCUUCUGUCACUCUUCCAAGCAGCUAUUCUGGAGCAGUGUGCGGCCUUUGUGGUAACUUUGAUGGUAAGAAGAACAAUGAUUUGAUGACUAAAGACAACCAGCUGGCCUCCAAGCCAGUCCUUUUUGGAAAUAGUUGGAAGGUACAGAAUGUUUCAGGUUGCUAUGAAGAGGACAAAGGAACCUGCCCCAUAUUGGCUGAACUGGAACUACGCUAUAAUAACGGCAAGGAGGGCUGUGGAAUAAUCCGACAUGAGAUUGGGCCUUUCCGUGAAUGCCAUUCCAAGAUUAACCCAGAUGACUACUACAAGAGCUGUGUGUAUGAUGUGUGCUUCUAUGAAAACAGAGAAGAUGUCAUUUGCAACAUGAUUGCCAGCUAUGCAACACAGUACCAGGAGGCUGGAGUUACCAUCUACCCAUGGAGAACCAACAAGUUCUGUAGCUGCAACCCUGUAUGUUCUGAAGGAUGUCCAUGCAAUGAUGGCUUUAUUCUUAGCGGUGGAGAUUGUGCUCCCAUUUCUAAAUGUGGUUGCAGGUACAAUGAUGGAUACUACAAAUUGGGUGAAGUAUUUUACCCCAGCAGCUCUUGCAGCCAGAAGUGCAUCUGUACAGAGAGUGGAGCUGUAGAGUGCAAGGCUUUCACUUGUGGGGCUUAUGAAGAGUGCAAAGUGAUUGAUGGCGUCCGGAGGUGCCAGCCAGUGGGCUCGGCGCAGUGCUUUGCAGCUGGUGACCCCCACUACAUGUCGUUUGAUGGCCGGGCAUUUGACUUCCAAGGCACUUGUACCUACACCUUGUCCAAGACUGUGAUCUACAAUGACAAUCUGGUACCCUUUGCUAUCAAUGUGAAAAAUGGGGCAAUGGGAUUUAGUGCACAAGUAGUCAUCGACACAGACUUUGGGGUUCAGGUCAACUAUGACCUUGUUUACCAUUUAAUAGUCACUGCCCCAGGAAACUACAAAAAUCAGUUGGGUGGCUUGUGUGGUAACUACAAUGGUAACAGACAAGAUGACUUCCAGCUUCCGGAUAAGACUGUGACCACAGAUCCUACUAAAUUCGGAGCCUCUUGGAAGGUCCAGAUCCCUGGUGUGUACUUCAACAACUGUGUCUAUGACCUGUGUGCUGGUGUAGGCGACGGAGACAUACUUUGCCAGAACAUUCACAGUUAUGUUGCUGCAUGCCAAGCAGCUGGGGUCACCAUUCAGCCCUGGAGAACUGAUGCAUUUUGCCCAAUGACCUGCCCAGCCAACAGUAAAUACAAAGUGUGUGCUGCGUGCCCCUCAACUUGUGCUAGUGUUACUGAGCCUGCUGAAUGCCCCACCACUUGUUCUGAAGGCUGUGAAUGCAAUGAGAACUUCUUCUUUGAUGGGAAGAACUGUGUGUCAAUUGACAACUGUGGCUGCUUUGAAGAUGGAAAAUAUUAUCAGCCAAAGGAGAAAAUCCUUUCCAAUCCUUGCAUGUCCAUGAAGUGUAGGGUCAAGGAAACCUGCAAGAUCCAAAAUGAAAAUGCAGUAUGUGUCCCGGAUUUCGCAGGAAUCUGCUGGGCCUGGGGAGACCCCCAUUACCAUACUUUUGAUGGCUACGACUAUGACUUCCAGGGCACCUGCACAUAUUUCCAGGGCACCUGCACAUAUAUCCUAUCUAAAUAUGAUGGUGUUGUUGGCUUGGUGCCAUUCACUAUUGAGGAGAAGAAUGACAACAAAGGUAGUCAGGCUGUGUCCUAUGUUAGGACCAUCUCAAUCUAUAUGUAUGGCUACAAGAUCACCCUUAUGAGAAGAGAAUUUGGUAAAGUUAGGGUGAAUGAUGUCAUCGCUAAUCUUCCAGUGACUUUGUUAGAUGGAAAGAUCUCAGUAAGCAUCAGUGGCUUAAAUGCAGUUGUUCGUACAGAUUUUGGUCUACAAGUGACCUAUGAAUAUAACAGCCAUGUUGUGGUCACCCUCCCCAGCAGCUAUGGCCUUACACGUGGGCUAUGUGGUAACUUUAACGAAAAUGCCAAGGAUGAGCUCAUCACCUCUGAUUACAAAGCAGUCACCUCCAUCAUUGACUGGGCCAAGAGUUGGAAAGUCACCGACCGUGAUCCCUUCUGCUUUGACCAUUGCCCUGGACUUAACUGCCCAACCUGUGACGAUGCAAAAAAGAAUCUGUACAGAGGUGACAAACGUGGUCUCAUCAAAGUUGCAAAUGGGUUUUUCAGGGAGUGUUACCCAAAAGUUAACCCCGACAACUUCUUUGAUGGUUGCUUGUAUGAUGUCUGCAUUAAUGAUGGAGCAAACCAAUUCCUGUGCCAGGCCUUCAAUGCCUAUUCAAACACCUGCAGGAAACAAGGAGUUAAAGUAUAUGACUGGAGAACACCAGCUGGUUGUGGUCUACAAUGUCCCACAAACAGUCAUUAUGAGUUCUGUGGUAAUGCCUGUCCAGCCACAUGCACGGAUCGUACUGCCCAUCCCAGUGCACUGAAGAUUGCGUGGAGACCUGCCAAUGAAGAGUUUUGGGCUGACGAAAACUGCUGUGUGCUCUGCAAGUGCGACCCAACCGUUGGCAUGGUGGUUUGCAAGGAGAGCAGCUGUUCUGGAGAUCCUCACUACACAACCUUUGAUGGCAAGAGAUUUAACUUCAUGGGUACCUGUAUAUACCAAUUGGUUGCUGUGACCUCCAGUAGCCCUUCACUGACCCGUUUUAAUGUUAAAGUCCAGAACCUCAAUCGAGGUGGAAACAAAGCUGUGUCCUAUACUAAAGUGGUGACCUUGGAAGUUUAUGACACCAUCUUCACACUGAGCAUGGACUAUCCACGUCGUAUUUUGGUUAAUGGCGUUGUCACCUCUCUGCCGUUCUACCUCACCAACAAAGUGGUGGCAUACAUCAAUGGCAGACAGGGAAUUUUAAAAACAGAUUUUUAUGUCACAGUUGCAUAUGACUGGGACAGCUAUGCGGCAGUCACCAUACCUAGCACUUAUACCAAUGCUGUUGAAGGCUUGUGUGGCAACAACAACAAGAACCCCAACGAUGACUUUAACAUGAAGGAUGGAAAACCAGCAGCAAAUGCAGUUGCUUUUGGUAACGGCUGGAAAGUCGGUGAAGUUGCUGGUUGUAGCCCUGAUUGUAUCAGUGACUCUCCUAUUCCAAUGGGCCUUUUGCUCUGUGUCGCUCAGUCGUUGACCCAACACCUUAUUUCAACGACUGUAUUUUUGAUACUUGCCAAUACAAGGGACACCCGUCUUCAUUCUGCAAAGCCAUUGGCCUUUAUGUGGCCGCAUGCCAAGCUGCUGAUGUCAAACUUCAGGAAUGGAGGAAACCAACUUUUCUGCAGUUUGUCCUGCCCUGUAAACACUCACUAUGAACUGUGUGGAAAUGCCUGCCCAGUCACAUGUUACGAGCUCUCUUCGCCCACCAGCUGUGACUCUCCUUGUCAGGAAGCCUGUUAUUGUGACAACGGGUUUGUUCUGAGUGGUCACAAGUGCAUGCCCAUCCGUGACUGUGGUUGUGUCUAUCAAGAUAAGUAUUACCAGGCAAAUGAGUUCUUCUACCCACAGGAAGAGUGCAACCAGAGGUGCCAGUGUGGGACCAAUGGCAUUGUUGUUUGUCAGUCACAUGCUUGCAAACCCGAAGAAGAGUGCAAACUUGUCAAUGGCACUUUGGAAUGCCAACCCAAGGAGUACGGCAGAUGUGUUGCCUCAGGAGAUCCACAUUAUAUCACCUUUGAUGGUCUGAAGUUUGACUUCCGAGGUGCUUGCAUGUACAGUUUUGCUACAGUGGUGGCUGAUGAUCCCACACUAGUUAACUUUUCUGUGGUCAUGGAGAAGGAGAGCUGUGGCAAGACUGGUGGUAUAUGUAUUAAUGAAGAGUUUGUCAAAUUUCCAUUUCAUCUUGAAGAUAACAGUAUUGUUAAUCAAGAAGGAGCCAACGUUGUCCUGCAAACAGACUUUGGCUUGAAGAUUCUCUAUGACACAAUCUAUCAUGUGAUCCUCAAUAUUCCCAGCUCGUACCGUGGCAAGAUGGGUGGCCUCUGUGGCAACUUCAAUGGUGAUGAUAAAGACGAGUUACAGCUUCCCAACGGGCAGGUUGUUAAUGUGGAUGAGUUUGGUGCUUUCUGGAAAGUGAACAUCACUGAUACCAAGUGCAGUGAAGAAGGCAUGUGUCCAGUGUGCGAAGCUGCCAACCUGCAGCAGUACAAUGCAAUAUCCUCUUGUGGCAUGAUUACUGACCCAGCUGGACCCUUCAGUGCUUGUCAUGCAAAUAUCAACCCAAAUGACUAUUUCAACCCUUGCAUCUAUGACUCUUGUGCUGUUGACGGCAAGGAUAAUUUGUGCAACAAUCUACAGGCUUACACAGCUGCUUGUCAAGCCGUUGGCGUUGCCAUCAUCCCUUGGAGAACUCCUGUGUUCUGUCCCAUGUCCUGUCCAGCCAACAGCCAUUAUGACCUUUGUACCAGGACAUGUGAGCGAACUUGCUUUGGUCUCUCUGCUCCAACAAAAUGUACAGAUGGAUGCUUUGAAGGCUGUGAAUGUGAUGCUGGAUAUGCCUUGGAUGGUGAUACCUGUGUUGCUUUGAGCAGUUGUGGAUGUGUAUUCAACGGAAGAUACUUAAGUGAUGGAGAGUUCUUUGUCAGCCCCGACUGCAGUCAACAAUGUAAGUGCCAAGCUGGUGGAGUGACAUGCUCAGCCAUGUCAUGUGGAUACAAAGAGCGCUGCAGCCUGGUGAACGGAGUGAGAGGCUGCCACAAGGCAGAGUCUGAAUGCUCGCUCAGUCCACUGAAGUUUGUCACGUUUGAUGGACUCUCAGGGGGCCCUAUUGGAAAUGGUGCAGUGGAGGUGACAUCUUUGUGCAACAGUAAUUCAUCCAGAUGGUUCAGAGUGCUUGCUGAUACUCAGAGCUGUGUGGGAGUACCAGCAUCUGUUGCCAGGCUUCAUAUUUUCCUCCCUCAAGGUCUAGUGACCAUCUCCAAGAGCAAGGAAGUUUGGGUAAACGGACGUUCAGAAUUCCUUCCCAUUACAACUGGUAUUCUCUCAGCUUCUGCCAAGGACAACCUUAUCUCUGUCCAUAUUGGUGCGGACUUAAAGAUUGAGUUAAGCAAUGCAGGAAGUGUCUCCAUUCAUGUGUUAGAGGGCCUGGCAGAGGUGGUGUGCGGAGCGUGUGGAAACUCCAACGGCAACACUUCUGAUGACCUCAGAUCCCCGGCUGGAGAGGUGGUCGCUAACAUUGUGGAACUCCUAAGAUCCUGGACAGCCCGUGACUUCAGCAGCUGUAACACUGGAAACGAUGGGACUAUGCCUGAUGGAUUUCCUAAUCGACCAACUGAUGGGCAAGCGUAA